AUGGAGGAUCCGGUUGACCCAGUAGACCUUGCUGACCCAGCCUUUGCUGACCACGAAGAUUUUGAGAUGGCAUUCGAUGACCCCGAGCCUGCCAUGGCCCUCGAGCCGGUAGCCGCUCCAGACCCAGUGUUUGAGCAUGACCCUGUUCAUGCUGACGCACCCAUUAUUGAUCCUGUGAUUGCUGACCCACCCAUUGAUGAUCACCCUGUUGAUGCGCCACUAUUGGAGGGCGAUCAUAUUGUUGCUGCUGAUCAUGUUGAUGCCCCUCUUAUCGCUGAUGUACCCGUUGACCCUCUUGUUGCACCCCAUCUUGACCCUAUGCCUGUGCAGUUUGAUCAUGCACUUUUUGAGGCACAUGCUGGCCCACGAGAUGAGCACGCCCAGCAUGGAUGGAUUGAUGACGAUGACGAGUACCCACCUUUCGUGGUGCCGGUUACUCCCGUUCCUGCACCCGUGUCAGUUCCCCCUGAGAUCCCUUUGCACCCCGUUCAUACUACUGGUGUUCACCAUACUGACCUACCUGCGAUGUUUCAUCAGUUUACAACUCCAGCGCGACCUGGAGAGGGUUCCUCGGCUCAUCCCUUUGGACACGUGCCGACAUCUAUCCCUGUUGUACCACAGUUUUCUACUGCUAUUCCCCCUGUUCCUCCAUUUCCUGUGUUACCUUUCGAUCCGGCCAAUUUUGAGAUGGAGUUCGAUGCCCCCGAGCCUGCCGUGGCCCCCGAGCCGGUAGCCGCUCUUGACCCUGUGUUUGAGCAUGACCCUAUUCAUGCAGACGUACCCAUUGCUGACCCUGUGAUUGCUGAUCUACCCAUUGAUGAUCACCCUGUUGUUGCCCCACCUUUGGAGGGUGAUCAUGCUGUUGUUGAUGCUCAGGCUGAUGCCCCUCUCAUCGUUGAUAUGCCUGCUGAGCCUGUUGUAGUCGCUCCUUUUCCUGAUCCCGUUCCUUUAGAGCCCGACCAUGCACUAUUUGGGACACAUAUUGAUUCCCGUUAUGCACACACCCGGAAUGGGUGCAUUGAUGAUGAUGAUGAGUACCCGCCUUUCGUGGUACCAGUUACACCCGUUCCAGCCCCUGUGUCAGUUCCUCCUGAGAUUCCUUUGCAUCCCGUUCAUACUACCGGUGUUCACCACACUGACCUACCUGUUAUGUUUCAUCAGUUCACACCUCCAGCACGACCUGGAGAGGGUUCCUCGACUCAUCCCUUUGGACAUGUGCCGACAUCUAUCCCAGUUGUACCACAGUUUUCUACUGUUCUUCCCCCUGUUCCACCAUUUUCUGUGCCACCUUUUGCCCCAGCGAGUGAGCCAUUACUUUGGACGUCACCACCUAUUAUGCCGCCAUCCGACCCCUACCAUCCUUUCCAUAUGGGCCCUUAG